CACUUUCAACUCUCACUUAUCGCCCGCCGUUCUUCCCAGGCUAUCCGAGGGGCGGAUUUUCGCUUCUGCCUCGCUUUCCUCCCAGCCCAACCAGCCAGUCUCGAACUCGUUUCAGCUGCUGUUCAGUCUUUCUCACGGUGUACUUCUAGCCUUUUCUCAUUCCGUCGGCGUUACCCCGCUUGUAAUCCCUUUCCUUCUCUGAUCUAUCUCACCCUAGCCCUGCAAACGUCCACGUUGACCGUUACCCGAUCAAGGCUCUCACUAACGCGAUUUCCGUUCCUCUCCUGGAUGGUCGAUCCAUAGACAAGCAAUUCUUUGCUGGCCUGUCUAGCCCUAACCUCUUCCCACUGGCUUUUUCGUCCGAUACUGCCACGGAGCUUGCGCAUUCUCCACCGCUCCUGGAAAUCCUCGCACAUCGAUACUCAGGCAGCCGUUGCCGAAUCCAGCGCCAAUGGAGAGCGUACGCCAGUCCUGCCGGCCGAAACACCAGGUCUUGGUGCUGAAAUGCUAUCCUCAAUACCAGAAAGGGGUGCAGGAGGUCAAACCCAAUCCCAGUGAAUUGUCGUACCUGCUCUACUAUGCCAGCACUCGCCGCAGCAAGCUGACCAAGGUCGGCGCUUUCCUGGAGAAACGGGCCGCUCGCGAUGUCUGGCGUCGCAAGACAGGCAAUGUGCAGGUCACGCUCCAGAUCCUUACUGCGCUCAUCGAAAAAGUCCCCCGCGACCUCCCCAUCUACGCCCGAUCCAUCCUGACCAUCCUGGAAACCGUUCUCCACUCCCGUGACAUUACCAUCGUCGAGGACUCCAUCACCACGUUCGAAACCUUUUGCAGCCAUCAGGAUAUGGCGGCCCUGACGGCCGAACACGAUUUCGCUACCCAGUACCGCGAGGUGGUGCGCACAUACGCGAGCUUCGCGGAGAUCGAGGCGUCCUCUCAGCCCAAUGCUCUCGCUCCGAGCGUGCCCAUGGCCUUGCGGUGGAGGAACGCGGGACUGCGCGCGAUCAAGGGGGUGGUGGGCUCCGAGGCCGGCUUGGCGGCCGAUGGCGGAGAUUCGCUCCGGAUCACGUUGCCGGUCAUACUGGAGAACCUGUGCAAAGGAGACGGGGACUGGGUGACCUCGCUCGAGACGUUUCUCGAGGAGUCGGAGAAGGCGGAUCCCGAGCCCGAGCCCGCGCACAAGCGCCGCGUCAGCACCGCGACCGUGCAGACGGUCGACACAGCCAACGGCGACCCAGUGCUGGCAUCGCAGUCCGCCGCCGAUGCAGACAAGAAAGCCUCAUUAGAUGUUCGACUUCUCGCACUUCGUUGUCUCGAACGGGUGGUCGUCACCGGAAGCAGUCGCGGGCAGAUCCGGAUCACCACGCAACUUGCGCUGGAGUUCAUUCUUCGGAAACUUCGGGCUGGCGACACGAGCUUCACGCUGGAGACUCGGGAGAAUUGGGCUACCUCGUUGAUGGAAAUUGUCGCCAAGUGGUGUCCUGUUCAGGUCCGGUUUAUUAUCCCGGUGACUAUGAUGCAGAUCUUGAUGGACAUGAAGCUCAGCAAUGAGACCCUGGGCGAGCCUUUUGCUGUUAUCUUCUUGAUUGACUGGCUACUAAAGUCGCCCGUCAACAUGAUUGGCCUUAGUGUCAUAGAUAUCUUGUUGGGUCUUCUGCAGCACAUGUCAUUUCUGCUGUCGUCAGCCGGAGGGGAGAAGGCGGUAGAACCGUCUGCCAAACGGAGGGAACAACUCGCUCUUCUUCAGAAGUGUAUUGGAGAUCUCACCACUCACGUAUACUAUGGCGAACAGGUCGUCGAUAUGAUCAGGGCAAUCUUGACUCGCAUCAAACCCGCAGCAACUCAUGACCAGCCGCCAAGCCCACCCCAGACCGACUCCCCCGGUGCGCGCUCUCAGGCGCCAAGCGUGUCGGGCGACAGCAAUUCCGUCGCAUUCUCGUCUGAUUUUGCCAAGAUCACCGCCUUCAGGGCCAUCAAGAACAUUCUCCUGGUGGCCAACUCGAAGCAAGCCGCGGUUGCAGCUGGUGCCGAGGCAAGGGACAAGGUGGGCAUUCAUGUCUGGCAGGGAACGCAGUGGCUGUUACAGGAGUCCCACAAUGAGGUCCGUUAUGCGUACGCCGACGCAUUCCUGACCUGGCUGAAGCUGGAAACCAACCAGCAUGAUCUGUUGGUCAACGAUAAGUACAGUAAAAUUCACAGCCUGAGACAGGAGAUGUCGGACAUCGAGAAGGCUGGGAAACGGGCGACUUCCGUGGGCGUAAACCAGCGGGAGAAGUUGAUCCUACUAGCGCAGCACAAUUUCCUCCGGCUGCUGCAUUUGACCAUCUAUGACAUCGCGCACGAGUCCGCUACGCAGAUCUCGGAGAUACGGCUGUUGCAUCUUCUCCUGACGAGCCUUGUUGAGAACCUGGGCGUGAACGCAGUUCGCUUUGGCCUUGCUAUGGUGCUGAAGCUCCAAACGGAUGCAGACACCGCUGCAGCCCUGCAAACCCCCACUGCAAAAGUAAACAUUGGCAGCCUGGUAUAUGGAUAUUUGUGGGCCGUGUCGGAGAAAUUCGAUCUCGACUCCACCAACGUGGGUAGAGACAUACAAAACGAAAUCAUCAAGAGACAAAAGUCCGGUCUCUGGCUUGAUCAUAUUCGCCUACCUCCCGCAAAUUUGGAGACCAUCCUCCAAGGCAAUAGCGGCGGCGGGAACUACUCGGGAGAUGUCGGCCAGCUGACUCCUUUCAAUGACGCGGAGGAGCUGGUUCGUUGCAUCGAGGACUCGUACAACUUUUCUUUACGGAACGCAGCUAACAGCCCUCCUGCUUCUCCAUCGCGUAGCCUGGCCAUGCCUGUGCUGGGACAAGGGUCAAGCUCUCUAGGCAUCUCGCAGAUCCAGCCUCUCUCAGCUACUGUUCGCGAACAGAUGCUGUCGGCUUGGACUCGAGAAUCAUGCCUGGCCACGGCAGAGCGCGAGAAGGCCGAGCGCAUGUCUAUGAACGGGUCGAGAGCCGGAACCCUGGCGAUCCGUAAUCAAUUUACCAAGAACCCGAACGAGGGCAGCUCUCAAUCUACGACAUCGCCCAGGUCCGCCCAGCAAGUUGCAGCUGGCCUGCACAAUGCCCGUCGGAUGAGCGUCCCGGAAUCGGCUCGGGUACGGGCCCACAGCUCUAGCAGGGAGUCUCCUGUCCACGUCAACGAAUUGAGACGCGUGCUGUCCAUCAACGACCAGGAGAAACUGCGGCGCCUCAGCCCUCUCCGCGGUCGGCUCGAUGCCUCCAACCGCAGCGUCGUCUCGUCGAGCAGCGAGAGCAUGGUCAGCGGCUACUCGCUGUCGGAGUUCGACGCGGACGGCAUCUCGGUUCGACAUCAAUCCCGUGACGGCCACGAUGGAGACAGCAUGAUCACCCCUAAAGCCUCGACUUCUUCAUUCACGGGCUCGCAGAUGUACUACAUGGCGCACGAGGACAUCCCUCCGGUCCCUCCGAUCCCGCCGUCGCUGUCCGUUACCGGGAACCUCGCGAGCGAGUCGCAACGAUCGUUGGCUACCGACCGCCCGUCCACUGCUCCUGGGCCCCGCGGCCAGGCAGUUGUGAACGGAAAGGCCUCAACGCCCGCCAUGCCUCACCAGGGCAACUCUCUCAACAAGCACAAGAGCCGGUCGAGCACCGGGCUGGCGGCACAAGCCGCUGACGGCGACGUUUCGUCGGACUUAGACCCGCGUCGCGAUGUAAACAAACUCCUCGAGGGAUUCCUCUCGCCAGCUCACGCCGAGUUGAGGCCCGGGAGUGCAAGAACCCGUGGAGGUCUCGGCCGACGGGGUGUCAGCGGAGGCAUCGGACGGCCACCGUAUUGAAAAACUUCUUCUCAAUCUUUUCCAUCUUUCGAUCUUUCUUUUUGUUCAUGAUUGCCGGCCUGAAUAUACCAUCCUACCCGUUACUUUCGUUGUGUUUCCUAUGUUUGAUCAUGUAUAGAGGUACAGAGUAAAUAAUAAUUCGAUGUUCGCAUAGAUUGUAC